GUCUGAGGGAGGAGGGGCUGGGAGGCUGGACUCCUGGGUCUGAGGGAGGAGGGACUGGGGCUCCUGGAUUCCUGUGUCUGUGGGAGGAGAGGAGUGUCUGAGGGAGGAGGGGCUGGGGACAAACUUCCAGGUCCCUAGCCUUCCUGGCAACGCCCCCCGAGGCUGGACUUCCACGAUCCAGCUUCUAUUGAGGAUUUGAUGCUACGGCCUCACGGGGCUUUGGAGGUGAAAAAGGCCCAGAGUAGAGACACAGAGAGAGAGAGAGAGAGAGACCGGUGGACACGGAUGGCUACGGGAACGCGCUAUGCCGGGAAGGUGGUGGUUGUGACCGGGGGCGGGCGCGGCAUCGGAGCUGGGAUCGUGCGCGCCUUCGUGGACAGCGGGGCCCAAGUGGUUAUCUGCGACAAGGAUGAGUCUGGGGGCCGGGCCCUGGAGCAGGAGCUCCCUGGAGCUGUCUUUAUCCUCUGUGAUGUGACUCAGGAAGAUGAUGUGAAGACCCUGGUUUCUGAGACCAUUCGCCGAUUUGGCCGCCUGGAUUGUGUUGUCAACAACGCUGGCCACCGAGACAAUGGAUGGCAGGGACCCCACGUCCGGGGGACUGAACUUUCUUCCCCGCUCCAUUUUCUGCAGGGGGCAGUAACGGCCAUGACCAAAGCCUUGGCCCUGGAUGAAAGUCCACAUGGUGUCCGAGUGAACUGUAUCUCCCCAGGAAACAUCUGGACCCCACUGUGGGAGGAGCUGGCAGCCUUAACACCAGACCCUCGGGCCACAAUCCUAGAGGGCAUGCUGGCCCAGCCACUGGGCCGCAUGGGCCAGCCCGCUGAGGUCGGGGCUGCGGCAGUGUUCCUGGCCUCCGAAGCCAACUUCUGCACGGGCAUCGAACUGCUCGUGACGGGGGGUGCAGAGCUGGGGUACGGGCGCAAGGCCAGUCAGAGCACCCCCGUGGACGCCCCCGAUAUUCCCUUCUGAUUUCUCUCAUUUCUAUUUGGGGCCCCCUUCCUAGGACUCUCCCACCCCAAACUCCAACCUGUAUCAGAUGCAGCCCCCAAGCCCUUAGACUCUAAGCCCACUUAGGAAGGUACCAGGUCACCUGCAGGUUCCCAUAAAAGCAAUUUGCAGCCAGAA